AUGCAUGAACAUAGAAUUGAUUCAUUUUUAAUAGCAGAUAAUGUACGAUUUGAGAUUGUUCAUGAAUCAAAUCCUUAUUUCGCUGGAGAACAUAUAUCAUUUGUGGUGAGACUUAGACAUUUGGGUUCAGUAGAUAAAUGUAACCUUUUAAAAGAAAAGGUAGAAGAGUUGCACAAAAAUAUCGAAACUCGCAUCGAUAACCAGGGAAGUAUCUUACACGAACAAAAUGAACAAAAUGGUGGACGUAUGUGGUCCAUGAAUAAGUUAUUUAGUGCAUUGCGAGGUAAUAAUGAUGGGGCGAAUGCAGAUCGUCAUGAUAUAGAUUUGGAUAAUGAACGGAAUGCUGAAUAUAUCAGUAAACAAAUUCAAUAUCAUAAACCUGUGAACCUAAUGGCUGCAUUUGUUCAAGUGUUGGGUGUCUUCCAAUAUUCACCAGAUACAAUUAAAUCAUCUACUUUUGAUAGAUCUGCUAAUAAAUUAAUAUUUUUAAAUCAAUCUACACAUAUGACAACAAAUGCUGUUGAUGGUAUCCCAAGUGAGCCGAAAGAAAUAAUGGGCCCAAGCGUUGAUUCUUCCGAUAACCAUACUGAUCCAAGAUAUUUGAAGAAGUAUUUUCAAUCACAUUUUAAAUUUGGUCCACAGGAUCCCGAGACCACAUUCGAUAGUACAGAUUUACCAACUUUUAAUGUUCAAGAUUUUUUUGAAGAAUAUGAUAAUUUACCAUUUUUGGUGAUUCCACAAUCAUUAUUAUUCCCGGAAUUGACAUUACAACCAGGAGAAGUGAAAAGUUUCCAUUUUAAAUCAAAUAAAUUACCUGAAGAUUUAUGUCCAAGUUAUAAAUAUUCUGAAAAUAUGGCUAUUAAUUACUAUGUGGAGUUCGGUGUUAAUAAAGUGGAAUCUGAUGUAAUCUCACCAUUAUUUAUCAAAUCGCCAAUAUAUAUAGCACCUUUUGUGACAAAUGAAGGCUAUCAAUAUACAAGUGAGUUAGGAUCAAAACCAUACAUUAUGGAGGCAGGUACCAUCAAAGAAGUGGUGCAAUCUUCAAAUAUGAUGAGGAAACAUUCCACAGACUUAUCUGCACCUUUCAAUAGAAGAAAAAGUUCAAUUUCUAUAAGACGUGAAUUACCAGAAUCUGAAGUUGAAAAAUUGAAGGAUUCUUUUGUAAGUUUGAUAAAUAAAACUGACAAUUUUGAUGAUAUCGAAGACUUGGUAGACUUUCAACUAAAUCUUCAAUUCGGUAAUCAAUUAAAUGACAACACUACAGAUUCAGUUAAGGCUAAUAUAUCUUCUAACAUUGGAGAUUCGAAGUUAAUAUUCAAUGAUAUUCCUAAUUCACCAAAGGAAAAUAUAAACGCAUUAAAGAGAUUAUCAUUAUCAACUUUAACAUCGUUAACACCAACUUCAUCGUCAAUAAAUGGGAAAAACCCGGAACCACAGUUAGUGAAUCCACAAAAUAAUUAUAUCAUCAAUAGAAAUGGUGAAAGAAUAGCGACUGCAGAACUUUCCAAGAUUUUGUAUACUGUAACAGAUGAUAUAAACAUAACUAUCAAACUAUCAGAGAAUCAGAAUUUAUCAGUAAGUGGUAUAAAUGCAAGUCUAGAAUUGAUAGAAGUAGUAAAUUCGGAUUUCUUGAACGAUUCGGUUGCCGAGAAUGGGAAAACUCACAAUAUAAGGACAAUUUCAAGUACUCACAUAGUGUCAUUCGAUGAAACUGAAUCAAUACCAUUGAAACUCACCAUUCCGAAGACACCAAUGAAUUUGAUGCCUAGUCAAUUUAAAUCUAAUAUCUUUCAAGUCAAAUGGUCAUUAUUAUUAAGAUUUAUCUUGAUUCCAAAGAGUGGUUCAUCCAACGUAUACGAGUUUUAUGGAGACAAGAAGGGUAUAUUUUUUCAUUCUAGCGAAAAUAUCGAAGGUGAAGAAUUUGACUGCAGAAUACCGAUAUCAAUACUUCCUACCACGAAGGAUAUGGCUGGAUGGUAA